AUGACGGGACUUAGCCCCUUGGCCCACCUUGCUGCCUCGCUCGACAUCACGCGCACGCCGUCGCCGUCUAGCCAUACCAUCUCGCGCGAUGAACCAGGCUAUUCAAAGGUGCGUCCGUUCAUCAUCAGGUGACCUUUCCCCCCUCGAAUGGGGCCACAACGGACCUUGAACCGUAUCGCGUGCCUCACCGCGCAGGGCUGGGGGCACCACCUAAAACUCAUUCGAACUGACUCUGGAAACGUCUUCACGUCCCCGCAGGUCAUCUUUGAAGGCAAGGACCAACAGCGCCAGCAGGUGCUCGCCAUCUGCCGCGAGAACGGCUUCAUCCCCGAGCCGCUCGUCGAAGGCGAGGUCGCGUGGUUCUACACCUCCCUCGGCAUCGAGAAUGGCUACUUUAUGAAGGAGUCGCCUGAGACGUGCGCGGAUCACGUCGAGGUCAGUACCUCCGCGGCUUGCUUUCGUUCUCUUCCGUGCCGCGAUGGGGAUUGGUGGGGUUAUAGUUUCCGCAAGUGGGGAGAGGGGGUGGGGGGCCUUUGCCCCUGUUAACGAUGACCGAGCCGUUCCCACGCGUUGUAACGUCAACAUUGGCGGUGUUUCGAACACGCAUCACAAAGACCUAUCAUCAGUCUUUGAGCAGCUUCACUGACAUUGCCUCAAACGUGCUUUUCACUUGUCCACGUGAUCGAUCGUCUCAACCUCGUGUUCCGACGGCCCCACCUCGCUCCCCGUGGCUUCGCCGUCCGCCUCGACGCUCGCUCAUCUCCCCACCACAGUCUCUCUACGGUGCCAAAGUCCAAGCCCACGCCGCUCACCAGGACUACCUCGAAAUCAAGCUUGAGAAGGAAUCAGAGGUGAGUUUUCCGGAUGCCGGUACCGCAAGACCGAACCCCCCUCGGGCUGGAAAAGGAUCGGCCUCCCCGGGGGCCAGGUCACGAGGCGGAGGGGUCACGGGUCGCGCCUAAUUUUGGUAAAGCACCGUAAGCUGACGCAGCUCCCCCCUUCCGCAGAGCAACGCCACCUUCAUCUACACCUCUCCUCCGGGUAUCUCCAUUGUCGACGGUCCGCAGUACGAACAACGCAUCGACCGAGACUACCUCGACAAGUCCACCGCCUCGUCCGCAUGGCGUCUCGAAUCCUACCGCGCCGCGGGGAACGUCUCUUCGACCGCGACCGUAGCCCAACAGCUGCGUUGCUACUUCAUCUCCAAAUGCGAGUUCGCCGACCCGAUCCCGACCGAGGAAGAGGCCAAGAGCAAGCUUGACAUUAAGCGCGUGUCCGACAAGAGCUUCUUGGACAAGGCCACGCCUUACACGCUCGAGAUCUACCAACAGGCGAUGGACGAGGCUCUUAGAAGGUCAGUUACUUCUUCGGCCCUUUACCGUUCAAUGCGUGGAACUGACUUUGACUCGUUUCAAUGACAGAAUGGGACCCGUGGUGGCCGCUUACGAAGUCGAGGCGUCUCGCGAACGCCGUAUCGUGAUUGCCUACAAGAUGGGAGGAACCCGGUCCUUCUUCUCGGCCCUGUCCGACUUGUACCAUUCGUACAACUUUUACUCGACGCGCAAAUACGUCGGUAGGUGCGAGAUUGGCGAAUCAGAGACCUCGUCUGAAGAAACUGAUUCUUGGUUCCUUAAUCCCGCACCAAAGAGAGCUUCUCCAACGGUGUCACCAUCAUCUCGCUCUACCUGAGCCCUCUCUCCGGUCCUCCCGUCGAGGCCAGUAUCUUGCAAAUCACGAAGGAGGCUUCGCUCAUCUGUGAGUGUCCAGCACACCUUGAUUGCUCAGGGCUUUCCCCGUGCUGAUCGUGGCGAUGUACGUUCGCAGACGUACUCCCCAACAACCCCCUAUUCGAGGCCCACUCGAAGCUCGCGGUCCAAGAGGCCGCCUACGCCUACUCUGGCUGGAUCUUUGCGCAGCACUUCCUCAACCGCCUUGGGCCCUCGUACGCCGCGCUCAAGGACUUGCUCGACGAGAAUGAUUCGGCUCAAGCUGCAGUUUUGUCCGACAUCCGAGCCCGCUUCCGUCAAGAGACCUUCACACGAGCAUCGAUCCUCGAGACCCUGCAAGCCUACCCCGAGAUUAUUCGUCUACUCUACAUCUCGUUCGCGAUGACGCACUACUACAGCGUGCACACCCCGAACCAGGUCAUGCCCACGCUUUCGUACGCCCGAUUGAAGACCGGCGCCGUCUUGUCCAGCGACGAGCUCCUCGUCCACAUCAAGAAGAACGUUCUCAACAAGCACGACGCGCAGAUCCUCGAGUCGUUCGUCACUUUCAACAACGCAAUCCUCAAGACCAACUUCUUCACGCCGACCAAGGUCGCCAUCUCGUUCCGACUCGACCCGAGCUUCUUGCCCGCUUCGGAAUACCCCACCCCCGCCUACGGCCUCUUCCUCGUCGUCGGUGACGGUUUCCGUGGUUUCCACUUACGCAUGAAGGACGUCGCCCGAGGUGGUAUCCGUCUCGUCAUGUCGCGCAACCGAGAAGCCUACUCGAUCAACCAGCGCAACCUCUUCGACGAGAACUAUGGUCUCGCGACGACGCAAGCGCUCAAGAACAAGGAUAUCCCCGAAGGUGGAUCCAAGGGAACGAUCUUGCCCGACAUUGGGGCAAAUCCUCGAGCGUGCUUCGAGAAGUAUGUCGACGCCAUCAUCGACUUGCUCUUGCCUGGUCAAUCCCCCGGUAUCAAGGAGACCGUCGUCGACUUGUACAAGAAGCCCGAGAUCCUCUUCUUCGGUCCUGAUGAAGGCACCGCCGAUAUGAUGGACUGGACCGCGAACCAUGCUCGACAACGUGGAGCGCCUUGGUGGAAAUCGUUUUCGACCGGAAAGACGGCAGCGACGCUUGGUGGUAUUCCACACGAUGCGUUCGGUAUGACCUCGCUCUCCGUUAGGGCGUACACAACCGGCAUCUAUAGAAAACUUGGCCUCAAGGAGGAGGAAGUCACCAAGGUCCAGACUGGUGGGCCCGAUGGUGAUCUUGGAUCGAGUGAGUUGAGAACAUUCGUGCAGUGUUUUCUACUUCGAGCGUAGGCUGACAUGCCGUUCCGUUCAUCUUACCUUUACCAGACGAGAUCUUGCUCAGCAAGGACAAGACGAUCACCAUCAUCGACGGCAGUGGUACGAUUCAUGACCCUCAGGGUCUCGACCGCGCCGAGUUGAUCCGCCUCGCCCGUGCGCGUCAAAUGAUCUCCAACUUUGACGCCUCUAAGCUCAGCAAGGACGGUUACCGCAUCCUCGUCGACGACCGCGAUGUCACCCUGCCCUCUGGCGAGGUCGUUGCCGAUGGCACAGACUUCCGAAACGGUGCUCACCUGCGUUACAAGGCCGACAUCCUCGUCCCCUGCGGUGGUCGACCCGAGUCCGUCAACGUCAACAACGUUUCCAAGCUGUGGGAUUCCGAAGGCGUGCCCAACUUCAAGUACCUCGUCGAAGGUGCGAACCUGUUCGUCACCCAAUCAGCGCGCUUGCAACUCGAGAAGAAGGGUGUCAUCUUGUUCCGUGAUUCAUCGGCGAACAAGGGUGGUGUCACCUCGUCUUCCCUCGAAGUCUUGGCGGGCAUGUCCCUCGAUGACGCUUCCUUCAUCGACUUGAUGACCUCGCCGAACAGCUCCGGCUUCAGCGACUUCUACCUCAACUACACGCGCUCGAUUCAACAAUCCAUCUCGGCGAACGCCACCGCGGAAUUCAACACAAUCUGGGCUGAACACGAACGCACCGGAACGCCUUACACGCUCCUCUCGGACCAACUCUCGCAAUCGCUCAUCAAGUUGCAGAACGAGCUCGAAGAAUCCUCCCUGUACGAUGACGCGCACCUCCGUCAAGCCGUCAUGGCUCGAGCUUUACCCAAGGUUCUCGUCGAUCAAGUCGGUCUCGAACCCCUCACCGCUCGAUUACCCCCUACGUACGCGCACUCGAUCUUUUCCAGUUUCUUGGCCUCGAGGUUCAUCUACACUUAUGGCUUGAACAACUCCCCGAUCGACUUCCACUAUUUCUUGACCUCUUUAACGGGUCAGAACAACGCGACCACGCUGGCGAACUAG